UUCACGUCACCAUUUCGAGUGGGAGUUGAAGCUUCCUCUCGAAGCCGUGCGCGUUCAUUCGCGAUAACGCUUUUUGAGUUUAAUUAAAUAACAAUAUCGUGUUUUAAAAAAAGAGAAGAGAAAAGCUAUUCUACUCUAGCCGUGUUUUUCCGUUUGCUUUUUUUUUUGGUAAUUGUGAAAGCGGACCUUGUUGUUUUGUGGGAUAAAAGCAAAAAUGAGCGUAGAGGCGUACGGGCCGAGCUCGCAGACUCUCACCUUCCUGGACACGGAGGAAGCGGACCUGCUUGGAGCCGACACGCAGGGCUCGGAGUACGAGUUCACCGACUUCACCCUGCCGAGCCAAACUCAAACACAAGGCCAGACCCAGAGUCAGCUCGACAACCAGGUGAACGGACCUGAGGGAGUUCUGCAGAACGGCGAUGAUGCUGUGGUGAAAACCAGCCAACUUUUGGCAGAGCUAAAUUUCGAAGAGGAUGAAGAGGACACUUAUUACACCAAGGAUCUCCCUGUGCACGCCUGCAGUUACUGUGGCAUCCAUGAUCCUGCUUGUGUGGUGUAUUGCAACACCAGCAAGAAGUGGUUCUGCAAUGGACGUGGCAACACCUCUGGCAGCCAUAUUGUCAACCAUUUGGUGCGGGCCAAAUGCAAGGAGGUGACCCUGCACAAAGACGGUCCUUUGGGGGAGACCGUGUUGGAGUGUUACAACUGCGGCUGUCGCAACGUUUUCCUCCUGGGUUUCAUUCCAGCGAAGGCUGAUUCUGUCGUGGUGCUGCUGUGCAGGCAGCCAUGUGCCAGUCAGAGCAGUCUGAAGGACAUUAAUUGGGACAGCUCCCAAUGGCAGCCUUUGAUCCAGGACCGGUGCUUUCUGUCCUGGUUGGUGAAGAUUCCAUCGGAGCAGGAGCAGCUCAGGGCACGCCAGAUCACUGCUCAGCAGAUCAACAAACUGGAGGAGCUCUGGAAGGAGAAUCCAACUGCAACACUUGAGGAUUUGGAGAAGCCUGGAGUGGAUGAAGAGCCUCAGCAUGUGCUGCUGCGCUAUGAAGAUGCCUACCAGUAUCAGAACAUCUUUGGCCCACUGGUCAAACUGGAGGCAGAUUAUGACAAGAAGCUUAAAGAGUCCCAGACCCAAGACAAUAUUACUGUCAGGUGGGACUUGGGCCUGAAUAAAAAGAGGAUUGCUUAUUUCACCCUUCCCAAGACGGAUUCAGGUGACAUGCGUCUCAUGCAAGGAGAUGAGAUCUGCCUGCGCUAUAAGGGAGACUUGGCUCCCCUUUGGAAGGGGAUUGGACAUGUCAUCAAGGUCCCUGACAACUAUGGAGAUGAGAUCGCUAUAGAGCUGAGGAGCAGCGCUGGAGCUCCCGUCGAGGUGCCCCACAACUUCCAGGUGGACUUUGUCUGGAAGUCUACUUCCUUUGACCGCAUGCAGAGUGCCCUGAAAACAUUUGCUGUAGAUGAGACCUCAGUGUCUGGUUACAUUUAUCACAAGUUGCUUGGUCAUGAGGUAGAGGAUGUGAUCAUUAAGUGCCAGUUACCCAAGCGCUUCACUGCCCAGGGCCUGCCUGACCUCAACCACUCACAGGUGUAUGCUGUGAAAACGGUGCUCCAGCGUCCCCUCAGUCUUAUCCAGGGGCCUCCUGGAACUGGCAAAACUGUUACCUCAGCAACUAUUGUUUACCACCUGGCUAGACAGGGCAACGGGCCAGUGCUAGUAUGUGCUCCCAGCAACAUUGCAGUGGACCAGCUGACCGAGAAAAUUCACCAAACAGGACUGAAGGUGGUGCGUCUCUGUGCCAAAAGCCGAGAGGCCAUCGACUCGCCUGUGUCAUUCCUGGCUCUGCACAACCAGAUUCGUAACAUGGACAGCAUGCCAGAACUGCAAAAGCUGCAACAGUUGAAGGAUGAGACAGGAGAGCUGUCCUCCUCAGAUGAGAAGCGCUACAGGGCCCUGAAACGCACAGCAGAAAGGGAGCUACUCAUGAAUGCAGAUGUCAUCUGUUGUACUUGUGUGGGUGCGGGUGAUCCUCGUCUGGCUAAAAUGCAGUUCCGCUCCAUCCUGAUAGAUGAGAGUACCCAGGCUACUGAGCCAGAGUGCAUGGUGCCUGUAGUUCUGGGAGCCAAGCAGCUGAUCCUGGUGGGUGAUCACUGCCAGCUUGGUCCAGUGGUCAUGUGUAAAAAGGCAGCUAAGGCAGGUUUGUCCCAGUCUCUCUUCGAAAGACUGGUGGUGCUGGGCAUCAGACCCAUUCGCCUGCAAGUGCAGUACCGUAUGCACCCUGCGCUCAGCGCUUUCCCUUCCAAUAUCUUCUAUGAAGGCUCUCUCCAGAACGGAGUCACUGCUGCGGACCGGAUCAAGAAGGGUUUUGAUUUCCAGUGGCCUCAGCCAGAUAAGCCCAUGUUCUUCUAUGUGACACAGGGUCAGGAGGAGAUUGCCAGCUCAGGCACCUCCUACCUCAACAGGACUGAGGCUGCGAAUGUGGAAAAGAUCACCACACGCCUUUUGAAGGCUGGAGCCAAACCUGACCAGAUUGGCAUAAUCACUCCGUACGAGGGUCAGCGCUCCUACCUGGUGCAGUACAUGCAGUUCAGCGGUUCCCUUCAUACUAAGCUCUAUCAGGAGGUUGAGAUAGCCAGCGUGGAUGCCUUCCAGGGUCGUGAGAAAGACUUUAUCAUUCUGUCCUGUGUCAGGGCUAAUGAGCACCAAGGCAUAGGCUUUCUCAAUGAUCCGCGCAGGCUGAACGUGGCCCUCACCAGAGCCAGGUAUGGUGUGAUCAUUGUGGGGAAUCCUAAAGCUUUGUCUAAGCAGCCACUCUGGAACCACUUGCUGAAUUACUACAAGGAGCAGAAGGUUCUUGUUGAGGGGCCUCUCAACAAUCUGAGAGAGAGCCUCAUGCAGUUCAGCAAACCUCGGAAGCUCGUCAACACCAUCAACCCUGGAGCUCGUUUUAUGAGCACUGCCAUGUACGAUGCCAGGGAGGCCAUGAUUCCUGGGUCAGUAUAUGACCGCAGCAACACUGGUCGUCCAUCAAACAUGUAUUUUCAAACUCAUGACCAGAUUGGGAUGAUCGGUGCAGGGCCCAACCCAAUGGCCUCCAUGAACAUUCCCAUACCCUUCAACCUGGUCAUGCCCCCUAUGCCCCCACCGGGUUACCUGGGCCAGAUUAAUGGCCCGGCUACUGGUCGUGGUGCUCCGAAGGGUAAAACAGGUGGGCGUGGAGGGCGCCAGAGGAACCGUGGUGUGGGUAACCAUGGCAGUGGGCAGACAAACAUGGCAAACAGCCAGGCCAGUCAGGAUCUGGUGUCUCAGCCCUUCUCCCAGGGCCCCUUGACCCAGGGCUACAUUACCAUGAGCCAGCCCUCACAGAUGAGCCAGCCAGGCCUGUCCCAGCCUGAACUUUCCCAGGACAGUUACCUGGGUGAUGAGUUCAAGUCGCAGAUGGAUGUGGCUCUGUCCCAGGAUUCCACGUACCAGGGUGAACGGGCAUACCAGCAUGGAGGAGUGACUGGACUCUCUCAGUACUAGAGUGUUGUUGGAACAGGAGCUAGGCCUACGCUGAGCUUAGUUCAUCAGCAUUUUAAAUCUGGGUAAAUAUAAAAAAAGAACAAACAUGGAUGCCCGUUUUCCACUGUUACAACUGAAGCACCAUGGUGUGAGAACAACAGGAGAGAAUCAAACCAAUCACGUGUGAAAAAAGAGGGAGAAAAGCAGGAUAAGUAAAGAGGGAACGAAAGAGAGUGGAGGGACCAAACCAUCCCACCACUCGCUAAGGAUGAGAAGGAGGAGAGAGGAGCAGAUGCAGUAUAGGAGGAGACGAUGUAGGAGGGAAACCAAACCGAGAUCUUCGAUCUGCAACUCCGCAUAGUCGAGGCGCCUCCUGGGGAGCAAGGCAGUCCCUUACCUGCCUCCUCUCUCUCGCCAGGCUGCAGCCGGCAGCCGCAGACCUCGCUCUGCCACCCGAGACGGAGAGAAGACGAAGUUCUCUUAAAACUACCUGCAAAAAAAACGCCACGCUUGCUCUGUCGUCUCCACAAGCUGAAAGAUGAGGUGACGUCAUUUAAAAAAAAUGAUCAAAUAAAGAUAUUUUUAAAAAACGCUUUCACGCAGCUGAUUUAGGGGAAAAUUUUCCCUUCAAAGUUGGAAUCUGACUUUCAGAUAUUACCACCAAACAUCUUUGAGAGGAUGGGGAAACAUCUACGGCGGAGGGUUGUGGUUUUACUCAAUUUUUUGUUUUGCUUUUUCUUUUCUUUUUUUCUAUGGUGGUGGUCCCAUCUUUACAAAUGGUGCUAGGAGUCUCUGAAGAAAGAUUCAACUUUGAGGAAAGUUUUCUGGUUGAAGGGUGUGGAGUAGUGGGUCAGAAAUGGAACGGCCGUGAGAGAUGUCGCCUGCUCUGGGUAUCUGACAGUGGAAAAAGAAGGGGAGAGUCUUAACAAAUGGCUUUUGUAAUUUUUUUUUUUUUUUUUUUU